UUUGGAUUUACAUCUCCGGUUUGGAAUUUGAAUGGGUGGUUUCAGACAGUUAUUACUUAAAGAGUUCGGAAUCACAAAGUUUCUACUUCCUACCGGUAAAACCUUGGAAUUACGCCUGUUUUCCGAUCGAAAUGCCGUCAUCGCUUCCAUCAUUGCCGGUUGAACUCAAAAUUGAAAUCCUCACUAGAUUACCGCUAAAAUACCUGAUUCGUUUCACUGCAGUGAGUAAGUCAUGGCUCUCUUUCCUCUCGAGUUCCGAUUUCGUUUCAGCACACAUGUCUAAAGGAACGACUCAAUUCUUCUGUGUAACUAAGAGCGACCCGAAUAUUCGUCGUUUUGCUCUUAUCGAUGGAGAUAAUCUCGACGGCAAUCCCACGCUAGGACCAAUCCUCAGACCUGAUAGGGAAUUCCCAUUUACGUUUUCUUGUUUUUUCAAUCCAAAGAAUUCGGCAGAGAUUGAAUUAGUGGGCAGCUUCGGCGGAUUGCUUUGCUUAUGCUUUCUCCGUCCAGAGUCUCACCCGUUAAUUAUGUUAUGGAACCCUUCCAUUCGAAGACACUUGGUGUUACCACCUCCCUCCAUUCUUCCUCCUCCCAGAAAAGGUAGUCAUGCAAUAGGUUUUUGUGUCGCCCGCGACGGUGAUUAUAGGGUUGUGUGGGUCCAUGACAAGAUUAUGGAUAAUCCUAUGUCUGUUGAAAUCUAUUCUCUCAAUUCAGGGAAAUGGCGGAUUCGACGAUUCGAUCAUGAUUUGUUUCCUCUAAGAUGGUUGUAUAGUGGUCAGGUUAUCCUACACGGUAGGGUUCAUUGGGUUGGAUUUGAUGAGGAUGUUGGGGAUGACUACUUGUACUUUAAUCAUGCAAUCACUUCAUUUGACAUAGAUGAAGAGAUAUUUAGAGACAUACCCGUCCCGGGAAAUUUAACAUAUUCUCUAUGGGAUCAAGAAAUAAGUAUUGCUCUAGUUAGGGAGUCACUGGGUUUGAUGGUUUCGUGUGAUCAUUUUGACUGUGACAUUUGGGUGAUGCAAGAUUAUGGAAUUGUUGACUCCUGGACUUGGCUAUAUAAAAUUGAUUUCACACCAACACAUGAAUAUUGGCCGCCUCCUAUAAUAUGCGCAUUAAACACUUGGGAGACAGAAGGGGGUUUUUCCGGCUCACGCCAACUCAUAUAUUAUGCGGAUGAUCAGCCGUACAUUGUGCCAGAUGCGGAAUAUGGUGACCAUCAUCUUGACUAUGUAACUAAGUAUUUGGAGAGCCUUGUUUUGCUUGGAAACAAAGAUGCAGUUGCAGAUGUGCAUUUGCUUCAAGAUGUUGCAGAUUCAGGGAGCAUGGUAGAGGAGAAUGCAGGUGGUGGACAAGCAUUAUAGCCAAGGUUUUACAAACCAUUGGCUUGUUUCUUUCUUGGGGAAAAGGAAUCUGUAGAGGCAUGUGGUCUUAGAGCUGUUUCUUUGGAUUUGAUGGCUGAAACUAUAUAAGAAGAUGCAAAAGUUCAUUCAAGCUCUAAGAAGUAAGGACCUUUUUUGCAUCAGGGUAGGGAGUUCUACCAAACUACUAGAAGUAGCAUUGCUUGUUAGCUCUCUCAUGGUCUGUUUUUGCAUUGGGAUUUAGCAACGGUUAGCUGUCACAAAACAUCACGCUAUUAAAGAGAGGCUCUUGAGAUUUGGUAUUUCUAACGCUAUUUAAAGAGAGUUCAAAGAGCGUUAUUUUAAAAAAACUUUGUUGAUGUAACCAUCUCUUCUGCAAAAAACUUUGCCUUGAUACUUUUUAUCACGGUUGGUGUAAACUGUAAAAUAUGACAUGAUGUCUCCUUGUCCUUGGCGUCUCGUUGUCGCCACUCGCCAGUAUCUUCUCAUCGCUGCUGAAAGUAGUUAUUUUGAUGAUUUUGUAGGAUAUGAAAGAUUAA